AUGGAAGCUAACAUCUCAUCUUCCCUCGGUCUCCCAUCUCCAAGCCCCACCGACUUCCCAACCUCACUCCCCAAUUUCAAUGGCCUCAUCAACCACUUCACAACCCUCACUCUCACCCAAACCCCCAACCCCUUCGCCUCAAUCUCCAACCCAACCCAGCCCCGGUCCAAACCCGGUCCAAAACCCCAAACCCUCCUAAAAAACCUAUCCGUCUUCGAACGCGCUUUCAUCGGCGCCGCAGGCGGAGGAAUCGCCGGCGCAUUCACUUACGCCUGUCUCCACCCUCUCGACACCAUCAAAACCAAGAUGCAAACCAAAGGCGCCUCGCAGAUUUACAAAAAUGCCCUCGAUGCAGUUUCGCAAACAUUCUCCACAAACGGUAUCCUAGGGUUUUACAGAGGUUUCUCCGCUGUCGUCGUCGGGUCCACCGCUUCCUCCGCCGUGUACUUCGGAACGUGCGAGUUCGGUAAGUCGUUUCUCUCUAAACAGGAAAAUUUCCCGAAAAUUUUGAUUCCGCCUACUGCCGGUGCUUUAGGUAAUGUACUCUCGUCGGCGAUAAUGGUGCCGAAAGAGUUGAUAACACAGAGAAUGCAAGCCGGGGCGAAAGGUAGAUCGUAUGAAGUUUUGAUUAAGAUUCUUCAAAACGACGGUGUGAUGGGUUUAUAUGCAGGCUAUUCUGCUACAUUGUUGAGGAAUUUACCUGCUGGUGUGUUGAGUUAUUCUUCUUUUGAGUAUUUGAAACUCGCGGUUAUGAGAGAGACGAACAAGAAUCAUUUGGAGCCGAUUCAGAGUGUGAUUUGUGGGGCGUUGGCGGGGGCGAUAUCGGCGUCCAUUACGACGCCGUUGGAUGUGGUGAAGACGAGGUUGAUGACGCAGGCGCGAAAUGAGGCGGUUGGGAAGGUUGCGGCGGUUAUGUAUGGAGGGGUUUCGUCUACGAUUAGGGAGAUUUUGAAGGAGGAAGGUUGGGUUGGGUUUACAAGGGGAAUGGGUCCUAGGGUUCUUCAUAGUGCUUGUUUUUCUGCAUUGGGUUAUUUUGCUUUUGAGACGGCUAGGAUUGCGAUUUUGAAUGAGUAUGUUAGGAGGAAGGGGUUGGAGGAUGUGGUUGUUGUUUCAAGUAGUUGA